AAUGUAUAGUCUCUGCUCACAAAAUCAACACAAAAAAAACGCGUAUUAUGAUUAUUAUCCCUCCUAUUUUUUCGUUGCCAAAACUUAUCGCUCUUACAUCAACUCUCACUCUCAUCAAGACAAGCUUUCUAUCCAACGGCCGAUAACACGAUUUCGCGGUCUGAGCGCUAUAUAUAUACCAUAUAUCUAUAUAUAUAGGUUUUGUUUUUCAUUUCAUCCAAAUUGACCACUUUAUUGAUCUCUUUCUAUCUCUAAACAGCUGUCUUUUUGCUCAAACUCACAAGCAUCUUCUUGAAUUCUUUAAUGGCAUACCCUUAAAUCAUCACAACACCCUUGUAAAUAAAAAAACCCAUUCCUUCCUCAAAACAGCAAAAAAGCGCACGCGCGCACACAGUCACACUCUGUUCCCAGUCUUGGUUGCUCUAUAUUUCUGUCUUUUUUUUUUUUGAAUGGUUCCAUAUUUCUGUCUUUACAGCAGAGACACACACAUAUUGUAAAAAUCAUUCAAUAGAUAUUUAUGGGACUAAAUGGGUUCCCUUGAAAAUGGGCUUUCAUCGAAGAGGGAUCAUUAUCUACUUCGUUCUUCAUCAGCAACAAACAGGAGUGAUAGACACUUGUUUGGUCAAAGACCCAGAUCGAGAUUUGCAAGAUUGGUGUUAUUCAAGAAGAUUGAUUAUCUACAAUGGAUUUGCACAGUCGCUGUGUUCUCCUUCUUUGUGAUUCUUUUUCAGAUGUUUUUGCCUGGUUCGGUAAUUGAAAAUUCUGGGAAUUUUUUGAAAGAAAGGGACACAGUUUAUGGGGAUUUGACCUUUUUGAAAGAUAUUGGUGGAUUAGAGUUUGGGGAAGAUAUAAGGUUUGAACCUUCAAAGCUUUUGGCUAAAUUUCAAAAAGAGGCUAAACAGGUUAAUGUGUCUUUUGGGUAUAGAAAACCGCAGCUUGCUUUGGUGUUUGCUGAUCUGCUGGUUGAUCCACAGCAGAUCUUGAUGGUUACUAUUGCAGCUGCAUUGCGGGAGAUUGGCUAUGAAAUUAAGGUUUACUCACUUGAAGAUGGUCCUGUGCAUGAUGUUUGGACAAAUAUUGGAGUGCCAGUAGACAUCACCAAAACCAGAGGAAAGACGGAGCUCAUUGUAGAUUGGCUAAACUAUGAUGGCAUACUUGUGAACUCUCUGGAAGCCAGAGGAUUUAUUUCCUGUCUUAUGCAGGUACCUUUCAAGUCUCUACCUGUAAUAUGGACUAUCCAUGAAAGAACCCUUGCGACUCGUUUGAGACAAUACAUGUCAAAUGGACAGGUUGAGCUUGUAAAUGAUUGGAAAAAAAGCUUCAGCCGUGCUACUGUUGUUGCCUUCCCAAACUAUGUCCUGCCGAUGUUUUACUCUGCCUUUGAUGCUGGAAACUACUUUGUUAUUCCCGGUACUCCAGCUGAAGCAUGGGAAGCGGAUAAUUUUCUGGCUUUACAUAAAGAGAGUCCUCGUGUGAAGAUGGAUUAUGGGCUUGAUGACUUCAUUAUUGCGAUUGUGGGAAGUCAAUUUUUGUACAGCGGUCUGUGGCUGGAGCAUGCCCUUGUUUUACAGGCUCUAUUACCACUUUUUGCUGAUUUUCCAUCUGAUAACUCUUCCAAUUCUCAGCUCAAAGUCAUUAUCUUAAGUGGUGAUUCGGCUGGUAACUACAGUGUGGCUGUAGAGGCCAUUGCCUUGAACUUAAGGUACCCAAGGGACAUCGUGAAGCACGUUGCUGUUGAUGAAGAUGCAGAUAGUGUUCUAAGCAUGGCUGAUCUUGUGAUAUAUGGGUCCUUCCUUGAAGAGCAAUCUUUCCCUAACAUUUUGACAAAAGCCAUGUGCUUUGGGAAACCAGUCAUAGCCCCAGAUCUCUCCAUGAUCAGGAAAUAUGUUGAUGACAGGGUGAAUGGUUACCUUUUCCCGAAGAAGACUAUUAAGGUUCUAACAAAGAUCAUAUUGGAAGUGGUUUCAAAAGGAAAAUUAUCACCUCUAGCUCGCAAUAUUGCAUCGAUUGGAAAACGUACUGCUAAAGACCUAAUGGUAUUAGAAUCCAUUGAAGGCUAUACUUCUCUGUUAGAAAAUGUUCUCAAGCUCCCAUCGGAAGCUGCACGUUCCAAGGCUGUCACUGAAAUCCCUCAGAAGUUGAAAGAAGAAUGGCGGUGGGAUCUAUUCAAAACAAUUGCAGCUUCAACAUAUCCAAAUAGAACUUUGAGAAGUUACAGUUUUUUAGACAAGGUUGAAAGACAAUGGAACAAUACUCAAACAGAGAGUUCUGGCUCUGUGACUGAUGAAACAUUCUUAUAUGAUAUCUGGGUGGAACAAAAAUAUAUUGACACAGCUAAGACUAGGAAGAGAAGAGAAGACGAAGAGUUGAAGGACAGGACUGAUCAACCUCGGGGAACAUGGGAGGAAGUAUAUCGAAAUGCCAAGAGGACUGACCGGUCAAAGAAUGAUUUGCAUGAAAGGGAUGACGGCGACCUUGAAAGGACAGGUCAACCAUUAUGCAUCUAUGAAACUUACAUUGGAGAAGGAACUUGGCCUUUUUUGCACCGUACUUCACUCUAUCGAGGACUUGGACUGUCCACCAAAGGUAGACGACGUGGGGCAGAUGACAUUGAUGCACCUUCCCGUCUUCCGCUUCUGAACAAUCCUUAUUACCGUGAUGCCCUCGCUGAAUAUGGAGCCUUCUUUGCAAUUGCUAACCGGAUUGACCGUAUACACAAAAAUGCUUGGAUAGGAUUCCAGUCUUGGAGAGCAACAGCAAGGAAGGAAUCUUUGUCAAGGACUGCUGAAAAUGCGCUGUUAGACGCUAUCCAAGCACGAAGGCAUGGUGACACACUCUACUUUUGGGUUCGCAUGGACAUGGAUCCUAGAAACCCAUUGCAACAGGAUUUUUGGUCAUUCUGCAAUGCAAUAAAUGCUGGAAAUUGCAAGGUUGCCUUCUCUGAGGCUCUUAAGAAGAUGUACGACAUAAAGCUUGACUGGAAUUCUGUCCCUCCCAUGCCUAUAGAUGGGGAUACAUGGUCAGUCAUGCACAGCUGGGUUUUGCCAACCCGAUCCUUCCUAGAGUUCGUAAUGUUUUCCAGAAUGUUUGUAGAUGCACUGGAUGCACAAAUCUAUGACGAGCACCAUCAAAAUGGGCACUGUUACCUUAGUUUAUCCAAGCAGGAUAAGCAUUGCUAUUCUCGGGUGCUAGAGCUACUCAUUAAUGUCUGGGCAUACCAUAGUGCAAGGCGGAUGGUGUAUGUCAAUCCAAAGACAGGUGUAAUGCAAGAACACCAUGGGUUGAAGAGUCGUAGAGGUCAGAUGUGGGUCAAAUGGUUCUCAUACACCACGCUUAAGAGCAUGGAUGAGGACCUGGCUGAGGAGUCGGAUUCCGACCACCCUAGGAGACGGCGGUUGUGGCCAGCAACAGGUGAGGUCUACUGGCAAGGAAUCUAUGAGAAGGAAAGGAAUCAAAAAAACCGAGAGAAAGAGAAGAAGAAGAAGCAAAGCAAGGAUAAAAUCUUGAGGAUGAGGCAACGGAAUCACCAAAAAACCAUAGGAAAGUAUGUGAAGCCUCCACCAGAAGCGGUGGAAGAUUCAAACUCAACAGAAGCUGCAGUCAGGCUAUUUUGAGAUAGCAUUGUUCUUAUAGGUGUUGGUCAUCCUUCAAAUGGUCUAAUUUGAUCAUUCAUUUUUUUUUUCCUCUCUGUGAAAAUAUGCCCUUUCAUUUUUUUAUUUUUUAUUUUAAUUUUGUCAGACAGGAUGCCUAGGUUUAUUUCUGUAUGUUAGAGUUUUGUAUCUAGCAACUGCAUCCUUCUGACAUUGAUACUGAUUAAUGGUUGAAGUGUAUACUAGUAUGUUUUUUUCUUCUUUAUUUCGCUUA